UUCAAAAUCAAAUGAUAUCAUUUAUUAUAAUAUGCAUUGUUUUGUUCAAGCAAGCUGUUAAUAUCUUGAAAAGUUAAUCUACCUACUGUUUUUGUAAUCUUACAUUGAUAUUUACCUAAUUUAUAACAUGCAUAUAUAUUGCAUACUGAUACAUACUUAUAACUUUUAAGUUAACAGUAUCUAACUCUGCGAAGUAGGAAGUAUUCUAAAAUCAGGGAGAAAGCAAACUGGCAGCCAAAUUUAAGCGGGGUCAACUCUGCAACGCAUCGCGGCGAACAAGAAUGAAAUUAAAAUAGCAAAAACAGUCGCGAAGUUACGCUAAAUAUAGCUGGGCGGGCGGAGCGCGCGCGCCGCAGUGCCGCUCGACCUCGCUUUGUUACAAGCGGGACGUGUUAGUAUUUAUUUGAUACUAUCGCUUUCAUUCAAGUACAAUUUAUUUCCUUUAUUAUUAUGUAAACAAAAGAUUUUUAAAAAUUAAUACACCUAUGAGCGUUCAUUUAUGUACCUCUUUGCAAAGGUAAUUGCAAACGUGCCGACACGAAAUCAAAUGAAGUUUAAAUUGAUCAAAAUUUUCUAUAAGUGUAGAAGUGGGAGUGCAAAUCGAGGCUAAUAUGUGUUAGUUUCGCGAUUCUGAUUCAACUACGCCCUAAAAUAUUUAGAGCGGAAGGGUGAUGAGCGGCGACACGGAAAUAGGGUUACCUCGCCCUCGUCCCCUGUCUGGUGGAUUCUGGACUCUGUUGUCGUGGCUGCGCCGCGAGGACCACCUCUCCUCCAGCGACAGCUUGUCCAGCGCUGGCUCCGACCGCACCGCAGUCAGCUUCGCCUUCCUGACUCCGGCGCACUACCACGCCAGCGCGCCCCCUGUCGUCGUCGCGCCACCCGGCCCGCCCACCGACACUUACAAGCAAAGAUUGCGCGAACGCAACAUAAGGAGGCAGUACGACCGAGAUAUAACUCUUCAUAGAAAAUACGGCCUUUUCAGAGGGGAAGGCGUUAACGGGUACGACGCCUCAACUUUGCCCACAGCGAGACUUGCCCAAGGAAAGACUGGCAACAGGCAAGAACGGGAACGGAGAGCCACCAGCGAGUGCUACCAGCGACGCGCCGCGCACGUGCCCGGGAAGCGCCGCGCGCCGCAGCCUCCAGGCCGAGUGCUUGAGCCGACGGCUUCUAUUAAACGAACCAGAAAGCGACCAGCGCCCCAGCCACCGAUUAAACUCACAGAGAAAUCUAAGGAAAACGUUAUUCAAUCGGCCGACAAAACGAUCCACAUGAAUGCUCAGGCGGCACACAAAGAUAAAGAAUCGACGUGUCAUGAUGUUUCAACUGAUUGUAAGCCUGAAAAAUACACAAAAAAGGAUAACAGAGAUGCUAAAAUAAAGCCUGAUAAGAAUUUUUUGAAACAAAUAUUUGAAAAUAAAAAGAAAAAUACGACUGUAGAUAUAACUUCAAUUAAAGUCCUCCCUAGCAUUAGUGAAUUGGACGCACAGGCAGCUGAAAUUAUAGAGAAUAAAAAAUUAAGAAACAACGAAAACAUAAAUCAUCAAACAAAUAUUGCGUCUUUUAAAAUGUAUGUAAAUUGCACCAAGUGUACUAAGAAGCCUUGUAUUUGUGCAACAGAUGCGAUGUCGUCUAUCUUGGAAGAGAGUCGCAAUAAAAAUGCAUCCACACAUACCCAAACGGAAAACAAUGCUCGAAAAUCUACAAGCAAUAGUAGAAUAGACGAAAAGCAGAAGUUGAAAGAUAUGUUAAAGGAAAUGAAAGAUUCCCUUCCGAAAAAAACAAAUCAUGAUACCAAAGUUUCACACACUCAUUUAAAAUCUGGUGCUUUUUCAACCAACUCAAAUAAAGAUACGUUGGUCAUUGAGGCUCCAACUUUACGGAUAGGAUCUGUAAGUGCAGACGAGACUAAUAAUAAAUCUAAGCGAGCCUCUUUUCCAACUACGCAAGUUACUGAGAAAACAGGUGGUUCAUCCAAUGUAACCAUUAUGCAAACUAAAAUGAAUUCCAUUGCUCAAACUCCGCAAUCUUCUUCAAAUAAUGGACUAUUCAAAGUAAAUAAUAGACAAGAACUUCAUAUAACUGAAAACAAAUCUAAUCUUACUUCGAAAGAAACCACGAAAGAUGCAGCGGGACAAAAUCCCAAAACGUGUAUGAGCAAUAAUCGGAUAGAUAUUGGUUCUUCUGAAAAUAGAAAAUUGAAUAAGCCUUUAAAAAUAUCUUCAUUAUUGAAUCCUAUUUAUAUCCCAAAAGAUACAACGUGUAUACAAGAUGUAUCAAAAAAUGUGAGCAAAGAAGAAUACCCUAAAUUGGUAAAGUCCGAAACUUCUAGUCAGACAAAUUUUGCAACUGCUAAAGCUGUAAGAGACAUAGUUUUAAAUUCUGAUCUUAAAAGGAAUCAAGCAUCUGCUCCUUCACCACCAUUGAUCUCUAGUAAUGAGCAAUUAAAGAAAACAUGUGUUAGUGAUGGUUCUGGAAAAUUAAGUGGUGUGAAGCCUCCAGACCAAAACGGUGUAACUACUCCAACACAUUAUGAGAAACAAAAGGAAAAUACUAAUGUUGAAAGGUUAAGUCAACACUUACGACGGCGAGAAUUGGUGAACCAAUUGGAACAGUCUAUAGCAAAAGGAGAUGAACGCGCCGCUGCUGAAGCUGCAUCUAAACUAGCUCAACUGAGACUUUCAUGUUCUGUUUUAUCUUUUACUUCGCAAAUUUUAUCGGAACCUUCUACCUCAAAAAUACAGACGGAAAAAAAUAUUCUCCAAGACCAAACCAAAAAUGACAAAUCAAAAAUCAAUGAACCACUUCCUUCUAAAAAAUCAUUGGCUGCGACAACAUCUUUAACAGAAGCUAAAGAUCCGCCAAAAGUAGUGAAUGUGCCGACUACAUCUGCUAUCAAAGUCCAAGAAGAAAGAGUACAAAAAACUGGCGCAGACGUCAUUAAAAGUAGUAUAACUGAAUCAAAUGCUUCUCCUCUACGGCCCACAACGUUAAAAGGUCUGCCAUCAAAAAAUGACGCUGAUAACAUAGCUAUCAACGUAUGGGUUGAAGAUAAAGAGAAAACCCGAGGACCCAUUAAAUUAGUCAUUCGACGAGCGGCUGUGGUUGGCGAGCUGCGGCGGCGGGCCGAGCAGUCGUUCGGCCUGCCCUCGCGCCUGCAGCGGUGGAUCGUCGGCCGGACGCUGUGCACCAACGACAACACAUCACUCGCUUCCCUGGCUGGGCCAUCUCUUAGUGCGCCUUUUUAUCUAUGUUUGGUGGAAGCUGAUGAAAAUGCGGAGCAAGUUAAUCUUGAACAAAAUGACAACGCUAUCAACACAAAAGAGGUUGAAAAUCAUAACGCAAUCGAGAAAAAGUCGAGUGACGUGUAUAACGAAUUAGUUCAAUUAGAACAACAAGCACUAGUUCCUAAUGCUGAAGAGUUCGAAUGUGAAAUAUGCAUGGAACAAUGUCAACCUGGAGACGGGGUGGUCCUGCGGGAAUGCGUACAUUCAUUUUGUAAAGGUUGUCUCUCAGAUGUUAUACGUCAUUGUGAGGAACCGGCAGUUUUAUGUCCAGCUACGGCUUGUCCCGGCGAAUUACAUGAACGCGAAAUUCGUGCGCUCGUCAGUCCCGAAGAAUACGAACGAUGGCUCGCGCGGGGCCUCGCCGCUGCCGAGAGCGGCUCCAGGAACGCGUUCCACUGCCGCACCCGCGACUGCGCGGGCUGGGCUAUGUGUGAAGUCGGCGUAAGAAGAUUCCCAUGCCCGGUUUGCAAACACACCAACUGUGUGCCCUGCCAAGCUAUUCAUGAAAAUGAAACUUGUGAACAACACCGCGCCAAACUGUUAGCAGCUGCAGCCACUAACGCUGUUAGUGAAACCGAUGAGGGGACUCGUGCACUGAUCGACUCUUUAAUAGCUCGAGGUGAAGCACUACAAUGCCCCGAGUGCAGUGCCAUUAUUACUAAGAAGUGGGGUUGUGACUGGGUGAAAUGCUCCGCAUGCAAAACGGAGAUAUGCUGGGUCACGCGCGGCCGCCGGUGGGGGCCGGCGGGCCGCGGGGACACCAGCGGCGGCUGCCGGUGUGGCGUGGAUGGUAAAAGGUGUCACCCUUCGUGCGGAUACUGCCACUAACAUUUUUAUAGUCUA